CAUCCUUUAGGCGAACGAACCCGAACAGGCACGCACACCAUAGAGUUGAAGCACCCCCCCUCCUAAAAGAAGCCUGGGAACUGCGGUUUGCCCCUCACAGACCUGUGGUUUGCUUAACAAAGUACAAUUACCAAUGUUAUUCUUGGAGGGGGGAUGAAAUGCGCUUUAAUUGUAUAUGGUGUCUUUGCAGCCCCAGUCCAAGACGCCCCUCUGUGCUCAGGACAUGACCCCUCCUUGGCACUGAGUUUGAGAGGGGUGACCCCUGCUGCCCGGCCUUCUCCCUUCUGAGGAGUCUGUUUCUCAGUGGAAAUGCUGCUGGGGGAUUGGACGUUGUGGAGUCUUCUGCGGCUGCUGCAGGCUCUGCCACUCAGCUACAGGCUGCUCGGCUUGCAAAGGGUUAAAAUGGACAAGCUCGAACUCCCAGACCGGAGGAAACAGGGAGGGGGUUGAGUCAUAGACCCCUCUCUCUGAAGGCCCUUCCGGUCUGGUUUCUCAUGGGGAGGGCAAGCCGAGAAAGUGGCCCUUACAUCUCCCAGGCGCCCCAUCAAGGGCCCUUUCCCGGAUCUGGAUUUGGUAGUUCCUCUAAUUCAGAGAGAUAGAAAUCGGCAGGGGGAAAAAAAGCUCCUUCAGACCUCCUGGAGGCUUCCUUAAAGCACAGAUGGAUGAGGACGUAUCAGCUGCCCUUGAACCAGGAAGAGGCCCCGAUGCCAUCAAGACUGCAUCAAGAGCCGUUCACACAGACCUGGGUGAGGACACCCUUAGCUCAGAUGUGCAACACCAACAGUUCAGGCAGUUCUGUUACCUGGAGGCCGAGGGACCCAGAGAGGUUUGCAGCCGACUCCAUCAUCUGUGCCACGAGUGGCUGAAGCCUGAGCGACACACAAAGAAUCAGAUCCUGGACCUGGUGAUCCUGGAGCAGUUCUUGGCUGUCCUUCCACCGGAGAUGGAAAGCUUGGUGAGGGAAUGUGGAGCAGAGACCAGUUCCCAGGCGGUGGCCCUGGCAGAAGGUUUCCUUCUGAGCCAGGAAGAGGACAGGAAGCAGGCAGAGCAGCAGGGAAAGAACCUAUUUGCAGAAACGGUCACUGAUUUUCCUGAAGUAGAGAGCACUCCAUCGGACACCAGACAGAGGCCUCUGGGUAAUGAAAUGAUAGUGGCAAGACCUCCUCAGCCAUCACAUCUUCACAAUGGAGAGGAAGCAGAUGCUGUGGAAUUGGAACAGGGUCCAGUGACUUUUGAGGAUGUGGCUGUGCAUUUCACGGAAGAGGAGUGGGCCCUGCUGGAUCCUGACCAGAUAGCUCUUCAUAAGGAAGUCAUGGAGGAGAACUGUGGGAUCGUGGCUUGCCUCGGUGAGGAACUUGAAAACAAAAAUAAAGGAAACCCUAUCAAAAUCUACACAGUGGAGCCGCCAUAUCAAUAUUUUGAGUGUAGACAGAUCUUCAGUCAAAGCUCCCAGCAAAUAAUUCAUACUGAGGAGAAACCUCAUCAAUGCUUGGAAUGUAGAAAGACCUUUAGACACCGUAGCCACCUCACUUCCCAUGAAAGAAUUCAUACAGGGGAGAAACCAUAUCAGUGCUUGGAAUGUGGAAAGAGCUUCAGACGCCGUAACCACCUCACUUCCCAUGAAAGAAUUCAUACAGGGGAGAAACCAUAUCAGUGCUUGGAAUGUGGAAAGAGCUUCAGCCAGAAGGGAAGUCUCACAUCCCAUGAAAGAAGUCAUACAGGGGAUACACCAUAUCAGUGCUUAGAAUGUGGAAAGAGCUUCCGCUCAAAGAGAACUUUCACUACACAUCAAAGAAUUCAUACAGGGGAGAAACCAUAUGAAUGCUUGGAAUGUGGAAAGACCUUUAGACACAAUUCUGACCUCACUUCCCAUGAAAGAAUUCAUACAGGGGAGAAACCAUAUCAGUGCUUGGAAUGUGGAAAGAGCUUCAGACGCCGUAACCACCUCACUUCCCAUGAAAGAAUUCAUACAGGGGAGAAACCAUAUCAGUGCUUGGAAUGUGGAAAGAGCUUCAGCCAGAAGGGAAGUCUCACAUCCCAUGAAAGAAGUCAUACAGGGGAUACACCAUAUCAGUGCUUAGAAUGUGGAAAGAGCUUCCGCUGGAAGAGAACUUUCACUACACAUCAAAGAAUUCAUACAGGGGAGAAACCAUAUGAAUGCUUGGAAUGUGGAAAGACCUUUAGACACAGUUCCGACCUCACUUCCCAUCGAAGAACUCACACAGGAGAGAAACCGUAUCAGUGCUUGGAAUGUGGAAAGAGCUUCAGACGCCGUAACCACCUCACUUCCCAUGAAAGAAUUCAUACAGGGGAGAAACCAUAUCAGUGCUUGGAAUGUGGAAAGAGCUUCAGCCAGAAGGUAAGUCUCAUUUCCCAUGAAAGAAGUCACUCAGGAGAUACACCAUAUCAGUGCUUGGAAUGUGGAAAGAGCUUCCACUGGAGGAUAAGUCUCAAUUUCCAUCGAAAAAUUCAUACAGGGGAGAAACCAUAUCAGUGCUUUGAAUGUGGAAAGAGCUUCCGCUGGAAGGACAGUCUCACUUCCCAUGAAAGGAUUCAUACAGGGGAGAAACCGUAUCAGUGCUUCGAAUGUGGGAAGAGAUUUAGACAUAGUUCACACCUCAUUUCCCAUCAAAGAAGCCAUACAGGGGAGAAACCCUAUCAGUGCUCGGAAUGUGGAAAGAGCUUCCGCUGGAAGGAAAGUCUCACUUCCCAUCAAAGAAUUCAUACAGGGGAGAAACCAUAUCAGUGCUUCGAAUGUGGGAAGAGCUUUAGACACAAUUCCGUCCUCACUUCCCAUCAAAGAACUCACACAGGAGAGAAACCGUAUGAGUGCUUGGAAUGUGGAAAGAGCUUCCGACAUAAGGGAAGUCUCACUUCACAUGAAAGAAUUCAUACAGGGGAGAAACCAUAUCAGUGCUUGGAAUGUGGAAAGAGCUUCCGCUGGAGGAUAAGUCUGAGUUUCCAUCAAAAAGUUCAUACAGGAGAGAAAACGUAUGAAUGCUUGGAGUGUGGACGGAGCUUUAGGUACAAUUGUGACUUCAUUUACCAUAGAAAAAUUCACACAGGAGAAAAACCCUAUCAGUGCUUGGAAUGUGGAAAAGGCUUCAGACGCCGUAAGCUCCUCACUUCCCAUGAAAGAAGUCAUACAGGGGACUCACCAUAUCAGUGUUUGGAAUGUGGAAAGACCUUUACCGGCAAGAAAAGUCUCACUACCCAUGAAAGAAUUCAUACAGGAGAAAAGCCAUAUGAAUGCUUGGAAUGUGGAACAAGCUUCACACAGAAGUCCCAACUCAAUUCCCAUCGAAAAAGUCAUACAGGAGAAAAACCAUAUCACUGCUUCGAAUGUGGAAAGAGAUUUAAGACAAGCACAGCAUUACAUCUACAUCAAAGAAACCACAGUGGGAAUAAACCAUAUCAAUGCUUGGAAUGUGGGAAGAGCUUCAGACACAGUAACACUCUCACUUCCCAUCGAAGAAUUCACACAGGAGAGAAACCAUAUCAGUGCUUGGAAUGUGGAAAGAGCUUCAGACUCAGUGCCCACCUCACUUCCCAUCAAAGAACUCACACAGAAGAGAAACCGUAUCAGUGCUUGGAAUGUGGAAAGAGCUUCAGACACAGUAGCACUCUCUCUUCGCAUCAAAGAACUCACACAGAAGAGAGACCAUAUCAAUGCUUGGAAUGUGGAAAAAGCUUUAGACACAGUAACACUCUCACUUCGCAUCGAAGAAUUCACACAGGAGAGAAACCAUAUCAGUGCUUGGAAUGUGGAAAGAGCUUCAGACUCAGUGCCCAUCUCACGACCCAUCAAAGAACUCACACAGAAGAGAGACCAUAUCAAUGCUUGGAAUGUGAAAGGAGCUUCAGUCACAGUGGCCACCUCACUUCCCAUCAAAGAAGUCACUCAAGAAAGAGACUAUAUGAAUGCUUGGAAUGUGGAAAGAGCUUCAGAUAUAGUGCCCACCUCACUUACCAUCGAAGGAUUCAUUUAUCAAUACUUGGAAUGUGGAAAGAACUUCCAUGACAGCACAAUCCUUAGUAAUAAUUGCAGGACCUGACAGGAGAGAAACUGUGUACGUGCUUUGAAGUGGAAAGAGCUUCCCUUGGUGCACCAAUCUCAUGUCCCAUCAAAAAAUUCAUUUAGGAGACUAACCCUAAAAGCAGUGGCAGCCGGUGGUCCCUGUACCUGGCAGGGCUGCUAAGAGGACACUGAGGCAUGGCCAGUGGGGUGACAGAAUUAUAGCUAAGUUGUUCUGGGUUUCUUCCCUUCCUCCUUUCAUGCAAACCUAUUUACACCAGUAAAUAUGAGGCAGCUUUUAUUUUUUUAAAAAGUGCAUAAAAAUAGCACCACAAAAAUCCCCAAACCAGAACACCAAUAAGGCAGAGGUAUGGAUCACCAAUAAUAACAAAAAAAGAUAAUAAUCAAAACUCAGUUGAGUGUGUCAAAUAAAACCAUUUUUUUUGCACACAUUUUGACAGGUUUCAGAGACUGGGUUCCAUAACUGAUUUUCCUUACCCCAAUGCAGUUCAAUUAUAAUCAUUAUAUUGGGAAUAGAAGGAUUCUUUCAAUUUUCUGGUGUCCUUCAGAGAUGGCAGAUUUGCAAACCAGACUGGGACAUCAUUACUCAUUUCCAAAUCAUGAACCACUACCCCGUGUCUCCUAUUAUACAAAGAAAACAAAGUGGCUAAAUCAACCCACAUUUGUAGGUUAGCUAAAUAAGUUGUGAUCCAAGUAAAUGUUAUUUUUAACAUUAAUACAUUUACUCUGCACAUAUGUGAACCAGACAAAUUCUCAUAUUAAUAUAAUCUAGGUUUUGAUAAUAAAAUAGCAAUUCUUUGCAACUGAUGUUGUUCUAUUAGAUAAAUUUAUUUUGCUUUGAUGAUAGUGGCAACUAGAUAGCCUUGCUGAGUCAGGUAAUUGUGAUUUCAUAGGGAGUCUCAGCCCUGCACCAACAUUUAGAAUUGUUGAAAGAGCAAUUGUAUUUUAUUAUGCUUCUAUAUUAUUGACUAAUUUAAUUUGUUUUCUCAACUGUAAUGUUUGAUUAAGUUCUGUUAAGUAAAGGAAAUGCAUUUACGAAGGUUAAA